GCCGCCCCGCGGGGCGCGGGCGCCGCGACGCCAUGAGGAAAUUCAACAUCAGGAAGGUGCUGGACGGCCUGACCGCCGGCUCGUCCUCCGCCGCGCAGCAGCAGCAGCACCCGGCGGGGCCGCGGGAGCCCGAGGUGCAGGAGACGCUCCAGGCCGAGCACUUCCAGCUCUGCAGGACUGUUCGCCAUGGAUUUCCCUAUCAACCCUCAGCCCUGGCCUUUGAUCCUGUACAGAAGAUCCUGGCAGUGGGGACUCAGACUGGUGCUUUAAGGCUCUUCGGUCGUCCUGGAGUAGAAUGUUAUUGCCAGCACGACAGCGGGGCUGCAGUGAUCCAGCUCCAGUUCCUGAUUAACGAGGGAGCUCUUGUGAGUGCCUUGGCUGAUGACACCUUACAUUUAUGGAAUUUACGUCAAAAGAGACCUGCCAUACUACAUUCACUUAAAUUUUGCAGAGAAAGGGUUACUUUUUGCCAUCUGCCUUUCCAGAGUAAGUGGCUAUAUGUGGGCACUGAACGAGGCAAUAUUCAUAUUGUCAACGUGGAGUCCUUCACACUCUCAGGCUACGUCAUUAUGUGGAAUAAAGCCAUUGAACUAUCAUCUAAAUCUCACCCAGGACCUGUUGUCCAUAUAAGUGAUAAUCCCAUGGAUGAGGGAAAGCUUUUGAUUGGCUUUGAAUCUGGAACAGUGGUGUUAUGGGACCUCAAAUCAAAGAAAGCUGACUAUAGAUACACCUAUGAUGAGGCUAUCCACUCUGUUGCUUGGCAUCAUGAAGGGAAGCAAUUUAUAUGCAGUCAUUCAGAUGGCACCUUGACUAUAUGGAAUGUGAGGUCUCCUACUAAGCCUGUACAGACAAUCACGCCACAUGGAAAACAGUUAAAGGAUGGGAAGAAGCCAGAACCGUGCAAACCUAUCCUCAAGGUGGAGUUCAAAACGACUAGAUCUGGGGAACCUUUUAUUAUUUUAUCAGGAGGUUUGUCAUAUGAUACUGUAGGAAGAAGACCUUGCUUAACAGUUAUGCAUGGGAAAAGUACUGCUGUGCUAGAAAUGGACUAUUCAAUUGUUGAUUUCCUAACGUUAUGUGAAACACCAUACCCAAAUGACUUUCAAGAACCAUAUGCUGUGGUUGUUCUUCUAGAAAAGGAUUUAGUACUUAUAGACCUUGCACAAAAUGGAUAUCCUAUAUUUGAAAAUCCCUAUCCUUUGAGUAUACAUGAGUCCCCUGUUACAUGUUGCGAAUAUUUUGCUGACUGUCCUGUGGACCUCAUUCCUGCACUUUAUUCUGUUGGAGCAAGACAGAAACGUCAAGGUUACAGCAAAAAGGAAUGGCCCAUCAAUGGAGGUAAUUGGGGCUUGGGUGCACAGAGUUAUCCAGAAAUAAUUAUUACAGGACAUGCUGAUGGGUCAGUUAAGUUCUGGGAUGCUUCUGCAAUAACUCUGCAAGUAUUAUAUAAACUAAAGACAUCUAAAGUAUUUGAAAAAUCAAGAAAUAAAGAUGACAGGCCGAACACAGACAUUGUAGAUGAGGAUCCGUAUGCCAUUCAGAUCAUCUCCUGGUGUCCAGAAAGCAGAAUGCUGUGCAUAGCCGGAGUUUCAGCUCAUGUCAUUAUCUAUAGAUUCAGCAAACAAGAAGUCAUUACAGAAGUCAUUCCGAUGCUUGAAGUUCGAUUAUUAUACGAGAUAAAUGAUGUGGAAUCCCCAGAGGGCGAACAGGCACCACCUUUGCCCACACCAGUAGGAGGUGCCAAUCCUCAGCCUAUUCCUCCUCAGUCUCAUCCAUCUACCAGUAGCAGUUCAUCUGAUGGGCUUCGUGAUAAUGUCCCUUGUUUAAAAGUUAAAAAUUCUCCACUUAAGCAGUCUCCAGGUUAUCAAACAGAACUAGUUAUUCAGUUGGUAUGGGUAGGUGGAGAGCCACCACAACAAAUAACUAGCCUGGCAGUCAAUUCUUCCUAUGGAUUGGUAGUUUUUGGCAAUUGUAAUGGCAUUGCUUUAGUGGACUACCUGCAGAAGGCUGUACUCCUCAACCUGGGCACUAUUGAGUUAUAUGGCUCUAAUGAUCCUUACCGGAGAGAACCCCGGUCUCCACGUAAAUCUCGACAACCUUCAGGAGCAGGUUUGUGUGAUAUUAGUGAAGGAACUGUUGUCCCAGAGGAUCGCUGCAAAUCUCCUACUUCUGGUUCUUCAUCACCACACAAUUCAGAUGAUGAACAAAAAAUGAAUAAUUUUAUAGAAAAGGUGAAGACCAAAAGCAGAAAAUUUUCCAAGAUGGUAGCCAGUGAUAUAGCAAAGAUGUCAAGGAAGUUAAGCUUGCCUACUGACCUAAAGCCUGAUUUAGAUGUAAAAGAUAAUUCCUUCAGCCGGUCACGAAGUUCAAGUGUAACCAGCAUUGAUAAAGAAUCUCGAGAAGCUAUCUCUGCCCUUCAUUUCUGUGAAACUUUUACUCGAAAAGCAGAUUCGUCCCCGUCCCCGUGUCUGUGGGUUGGUACCACCUUGGGAACAGUGCUUGUCAUUGCGUUGAACCUUCCGCCAGGAGGAGAGCAGAGGCUUCUUCAGCCGGUGAUUGUGUCCCCCAGUGGAACUAUAUUAAGGUUAAAAGGGGCAAUCCUGAGAAUGGCAUUCCUGGAUACUACAGGCUGCUUAGUGCCUCCUGCAUAUGAACCCUGGAGAGAACCCAACGUUCCUGAAGAAAAAGAUGAAAAGGAGAAAUUGAAAAAACGAAGGCCUGUCUCCGUAUCUCCCUCCUCUUCUCAGGAAAUUAGUGAAAAUCAGUAUGCAGUGAUAUGUUCUGAAAAGCAAGCAAAAGUAAUCUCACUGCCAACUCAGAACUGUGCUUAUAAGCAAAAUAUUACAGAGACCUCAUUUGUGCUGCGCGGAGAUAUUGUAACAUUGAGCAAUAGUAUCUGCCUUGCCUGUUUCUGUGCCAAUGGACAUAUUAUGACUUUCAGUUUGCCAAGUUUAAGACCUCUAUUGGAUAUGUACUACUUGCCUCUUACAAACAUGCGGAUAGCCAGAACUUUCUGCUUCACCAACAAUGGACAAGCAUCAUAUCUCGUUUCACCUACAGAAAUCCAGAGACUGACUUAUAGUCAAGAGACCUGUGAAAACCUUCAGGAAAUGUUGGGUGAACUCUUCACUCCUGUAGAAACACCUGAAGCACCAAACAGGGGAUUCUUUAAAGGCUUAUUUGGAGGUGGUGCACAAUCUCUUGAUAGAGAAGAACUAUUUGGAGAAUCCGCCUCUGGAAAGGCUUCAAGGAGUCUUGCACAGCAUAUCCCAGGCCCUGGAGGCAUUGAAGGUGUGAAAGGAGCAGCCUCUGGAGUUGUUGGUGAACUAGCACGAGCCAGGCUGGCACUAGAUGAAAGAGGGCAGAAGCUUAGUGACCUGGAAGAAAGAACCGCAGCUAUGUUAUCCAGUGCAGACUCAUUUUCUAAACAUGCUCAUGAGAUGAUGUUGAAAUACAAAGAUAAGAAGUGGUACCAGUUCUGAUGACCAGAAAUACAACUAAGUCCCUCUUCAGCCUGAAGGAAAAUUUUUUUUUCCUUUUUUAUUUUAUUGAUUCAAUUUAGGAAAGUUAACAUAAAGGAUAUUCAUCACUGGAUACUGUUCUUUCCUAGCACAAUCAUGCACUGUUUUACCUCAGUCAUGUGGUGGCUUUAACCGAGCAGUGUCAGACACUCACUGGAGCUCACUCAUGAUGUGUGCCUGCUCUGAGGUGACAGUUCAGGAACUAAGCAGCUCACGCAUUACAGAUGAAGAAACAGAGGGACAUUGAGGAGGCGUGGCAGGGACUAUUCCUGGAUCAUUCCCAUAUAAAGCUUUCAUAUGCCAAAAGAUUCUGUGCUGUCGUAUCUGCCAUCAGUGUUUGACCUUUUUCAGGGAGAGGCAAUAAGUCAGAAAUCUGCAACUGAAACAGUUGUCCGUGGCAUUGACUGAAUUAUAAGCAGCUGUCUUGGACUUAACCCUCCCUUAAACUGACUGGUCAUCAGUAUCAUUAGUGAAAAAGAAACUGUUGGUUACCAUAUCUUUAGACAGAUAAGUUGAAUGGUGGGCUUUAAAUAAUAAAAACAUACACAUAGUUGACUUGUGUAUGGGCUAUUCUUGGAUUCUUGUUAUUGUAUACUUGUGUUUAGUCCGUAUUUUGUCAAAAGCAAAACAAGGUGAUACAUCACUUUUCAUUGAAAAGAAAAGUGUAGAGCAUGACUGAACUGCUCAUCUUCCUGGAAGUUUCCAUGUAGUGGCUAUGAAGUGUGGAAAGUGAGAAAAACCUCCAUUGUGGUGAGGAGAAUAUUUCAGUGUACUUUGUCCUCAUUAAUUCAGCGAAAGGUGGAUUUGACCAAAACAGUUACUGGUUAAAUUUGUAGAAAUGUUGAAAUUGGCUGUUUUCAAUUUUGCUUGAAUUUUUAUAAAAUGUUUAACCAAAUGUACCUUUGCAUUAUUUGAUUAAAAUUGCUAAAAUAAUUGUUUCAUUAUUUCAGUAAUUGCUCAGCUCCCUUUUUAAAUGCCCUUUAUUCGCUAACAGUUCCAGUACACUCAGGUGAUGAGUCAAUUAAAUCUUAGUGCACAUGCUGUCGCAUGGAAAAUUACAAGCAUCUGUUGUCAAUAAUUAUCUAUGUAAGAGUCUAGUCUGAUGACCUACAAAAUAUUUUCUGUAGAAAUAAUAAAUCUGUAUAUGUCCUGUAUAAAAGUCAAAAGAAAAGAAAAAUAUGUACAUUUUGAUAACUAAAGUUUUUCUGUAUUGGCGUAUAAUGCAAGCGACACCAUCAAUGGAUAAUGGAUGACGGGUUCCUAGACUAGCGUUGCAGACAGGCGUUGGUAGACCUGGAAGUAAGUACCUCAUAAUGCAGGCUCAUCUGAGAUGAUUAUUAAUCUUAAUGCAACAAGAGAAGAGCAAAGUUGAAGCAUUACAAUUAAUAUCAAUGAAAUUUAAAUAAUUUCUUCUAUAAAAGUUGUUUAAAGCUGUUUUCUUUAUUCAUGAGAUAAUCAGAGCACAAAUUGAUAGGAAACAUGUUGUUUUUCCCUUCCAUAUGAUCAUUAAUGGUAUAUUAGAGAGCUAGAACACCCUAAUUUCAUUGCAGUUUGUAAUGCAUCUUUUCCUCUGUAAUCUUUUCAUUAAUAAAGUUUUUAUGUUUACAUUUUAUAAUGUGCACUACAGGAGAAUAAAGUUUACAUUAAAAUUUACUUUAAAUGUCAUUGAAAGGGACAAAAUAUAUGUAAUAGAGAUAAUUAAAUCAAAAGAAAUAUUUGUUUGUCAAAUAUUUGUUAAAUCAAAAGAAAUAUGUUUUCAAAGUUUUUAAUUUGUAGGAAGUACCUAUGAAUACCACUUCUCUUCAAUUAAAGUCACUGUAUGAACAUUCAGCAAUUUAUAAAUUGCUUAAUUUGUGUCAUCUAGUAAAUCCAUUGUUCCAUGGUAUGUCACAGGAAGUAUUAGACCCUUUUUUUAAAGGUACAGUUUGUGGAAGUCAUCAAUAACAUCAGCAGUUAGGAUUUGAAGUUGAGAUGCACUAAGUAAAUAACAUACUGGUCAAUUCCCCAUUCAUGUAGAAGGGCGUAUUUGCUCCAUUUAUUUAAUUCGCUGAGGCUAUUUUUGUGUUAAUUGUAUAUCAACAUCAUUUUUACUGUCAUUUUUUCUAUUGUAUAUAAAAUGAACCAGUCUUGUAAUUAUUUUCAAAUAGAGAAAUAGAUGCAUUUAACUGAGAUGGAUUUUCUAAGAAAGUCUUAAAUCAAUACUUUGAGUUAUUUAGUUUCCUUUUUAAAUUAACCUGCAAAUUAUGCACAAAAUAGAAACAUACUUAGGAUAAGAAAGCUUGAACUAUUUUUGAGAAUAGGAAAUAAGCUUCUUGGAAUUAUACUUGAUUCAGUCUGUAGAUAAAGAGACAGUCUGCAGUAAUAACCCAGGGAAUUUAUUGUAAUCUUUCAAAGAUAACAUCUCUAUUUUUUUUCUUUUUAAACAGAAAAGUUAAUAAGUCACCAGCAAGCCAAGAUUUCAGGAAAGCAAACCAAAAAAAUUCAGAAAGUAUCAGAAAAAGAAAAGAUUUCUGUGUGCUUCCUUCAUAUCCUCAAACAUUAUUCUUUGUCAUUUUGGUCUUUGGGCCUAAAAUCAUUGACGUAUUCACUGAUUUUAGCUGUUUGUCAGUAGGAAGUUGUUUCCCUUUAUUUAGCAGGCACCAAGUUCAUUUCAUUCUUCAAAUGAAAAGCCAUAAGUGAUUUGCUUAGAAAGUUGUUUGAAAUCUGACAUUGCGACAAAUUCUGUACAUUGCGUCCUUUGGAUUCGUCAUCUUAAUCUCCUUGGUUUGCAUCUCAUUUGUACAAAGUGUUUUCCAGAAACGGUUAAAGAUAUAACUGAGCUAGUAUUGACUUUUACGUUUUUAUGGAUGUGAAAAAAUGCUGCUACUUGUCUGUUAUGAUAUGUGUAGGACAGUACAAUUUAAGCACAGUGCUUUAAAGAAAGAAGCAUUUUUUUAGCUUAGAACUUCUUAAUUAUAGGUUCUUCUGAAGUUAUUUCAUGUAGAUCUAUGGGUGUUUUAAACAAGUCUGAAAGUGUUACAUACUUUUAGGUUACAGGGAGUGGUGGAAAGGCAGCUUGGGAGAGAAAAAAACACGUGGAAGAUGUGGAGUUCAAAGUUUUACCCUGAAUUCUGUAUUCCAUACAUGUUCUGCUUAAGGCAUUUGUCAUGUGACUAGAAAAGCUAUAUCCAAAGGCAAAAUUUUUCGUGGCAAAGAUUUAUUUUACAUUUUAACUUUCAGGAUUUUGUUGGUUUUUGCAAAAUAAAGAGCACUGAACUUUAAACUUGAAUUUUUUCUGCACUUUUUUAGGUAAAGAAAACUUUAUUAUUUAAUCCACAUUUCUCAGUUCAAGUGAUGCAUAUGUAUAAAACACCAAAAUCAUAAAUAUGCUGCUAGCUGUACCUUAAACAAUUAAACUGAUCAGUUUUAAAACCUUAAAGAGGGUUUUAUAUAGUUUUCAAAGAUAAAAUAUUAAAUCAUUUGCUGUCUGUUUCAGUGUUCUAAGUCUUAAAUUAUUGUGACACUUUCAGAUUUGUUUUAAGAUCAUACAGUAACAUGUUAUAUUUAUACAUACUGCUAGAGAAUAUACUUUUAGUUUUAAAAUGGGAUUUUUAUAAAUGUAUUUAAUUUUAAAUAUGGUGAACUUGUUAAGUUUAAGUCGAAGUACUUAAAAAGUAUGUAUAUUAUCCAUACAAAAAAUUGUUUUAUGCUUAUAAUAAGAAAUAUUGGUAUCUCAUAUCGAGAUACAGUUAAUUUAAAAAAAUACAUCAUUCAAAAGUCUUCACACGUGACAGGAGGAUAUCAUUACUAUAGUUUAAAAGAACCCUCUAUUCAGCGUUUUCAAAUAUUAAAUUUAUUUUGGGGACUAUGCCCACAUUAAUUGCAAGAUUUUUCUCAAUAGUUGCAGCUUGCUGUUGGAUGCCUACCUUAACUAUUGUUUUAAAUAUAUAUAUAUAUAUAUUUAAAAUAGUUUUCCAGGUAUUUUCUUCUACCUUUUUUAAAAAUAAAUUUCCAAAAAUGAAAACAGAGUUUAUGUAUUUUUGUCAAUGAAGGUUUUUAUUUUGUAGUUUAUAGAAUUUGUUCCUUAUCAGUUUGCUACUUGAUCAAUAUUCCUAGACUUUUUAAUCUGUAUUUACUUUGGAAAAAAGAACAAUCCUCUGUCUUAAAUGUCCUCCCUUUGUUCUUUUUCUUUUUGAAUGUUCUCUUGAAUUGAAAUUUAGACCCAUAAAUUAUUUUUCUCAUUUGAAAAUGAAUGUGAUAAUACUGUUUACAGCUUUUGUUAAUUUGUUCUCAACACUGUUUCAUUUCUUGUAAAGUGCUACAGGGAUUUAUUUUCCUGUGGAUGUUCAUGAUCUUUACUACCACAGAAGUAAAUGUUCUGUGAACAGAAAAUAGUUGUGCAAGAACAACAAAAAUUGGAGGAAAAACUUUAACCUACCUUUAAUCUACCUUUAGCAGAAUUAAGCUAAAUUAAUUGGUCUUACUGACAUCCCAGUGAUCAGGAUUAUAACAUUCCCUUUUUCAGUUAGCAUAUCAAUCUUUAAUUAUUUGGCACAAUUCAUUGACAAAGUGAUUACAGUAGUCCACAGCUACAUGUAAGUGCUUCUUUUGUUUUACUCUACAUCAGAAAAAUCAUGAAUGUUGGUCUUGCCAGUGUUUUGCAGUGCGGCUCAUGUUUUAAAAUUUCAUGGUGUGUGAGAUGUAAAUAAAUCAGUAUUAACUCAUUGUAGGUUAUUUGGCUCAAAUGGGUAUAGGCUAAUGUCAGUGGAAUCAUUUAUUUAGAAGUUUCACUUUUUUAUAUUUUUGCUGUUUUUUGUGUUUAAACUUCAACAGAAUACAAUGUAAGGAAGUUGAAAACAGACACCCAUGGAAAGCAAUGCAAAGAGGGUAAAUCAUGUUUUAAAUUUUUUAUUUUUUUUGUAAAUAGUACUGUGAGUCUUUAGGUGUGCUAACAUGGUAGUUAGAAGCAGGAAAACAUUUUGCUUUCUAGUUAAUACUAUUGGUUCAUUGUGAAUGCAUCACCAGGAACAAUAUGCAAAAGAGCAAGAUUAAGUUUUUCUAACAUUGUCCACAUUGGGAGCAAGCAUGCUUGGUGUAGAACUUUAGCUUGUGUAUACCUUAAACUGUAGAUGCAGGUAGUUUUCAGUUGCUGCACAUUUUUUUAAAACUUAGUCCAGUAACGAUCUCAUCGGUAAUUACUGGAAUAUGCAUUUUAAAUACGGUUAAAAAAAAAUCUGUGUACUGUUUCAUUUAAAACAAAAACAAAACAAAAAGCACUAUUGCAAACACUGAAAAUGUGUUGAACUUUGUAGUUAUUUUGCAUUCCUGUACUUUACAAACUGUCAUCACAGCAAAAGGUUUAAAAUUAGGUAAUGAAAUAUUUUUGUAAAUAAAUACCGUUAAGCUGGUAUUUUAAAAAUGUAUUAUAAAUUAAUGUUUCUGGAUAAUGUUCAUAUAUAUGUAUAUGAAUGUCUCUUUAUGCUGAAGGGCUCUGAUUGGGCAAAAUAAAAUACUCUAAUUUCUCCUGGAAGUAAACAAGCCCCUUUUUC